CUGCUCGCCAUCGCUUGCUGGCAGCACCCCACAUCCGCUGGCCCAUCCAAGAUCGUCAGCCACUUGUCACGUGUGCUCACACAUAUGUCACGUGUUCCACUAUGUCCUUUUCGGGACAGAUGAGUUCUGUCCUCGGGCUGCACCUCCGCCUUCCGUCCAGCCUGCCUUUCCAUCAGCCGCCAGCACCCCGCCCGUGGCUUGUCUUUGCAUCCCUCAGAGUCCCUCAGCAUCCCCCAGCAUCCCCGGCACCUCUCGGCACCUCUCUGCUCUGCGAUAAUCGCUGCAUCGCACCACCAUGUUCUUGGUCUCGACCCUCAAAUCCAUCAUUUGGGGCUCGUCAUCCUCCAAGGUUGUCCAGCUCCCGUCCGGCCAGCUCUUCCACAUCCAUCCCGCCAAAAACUACCGCCAAUGCGUCUUCAAGGACUGCGACAUCUGCAUCCGCCAGACCUCCAUCCCCCACCAGUACCAGCUCGUCGUCACCCGGGUCUUUGAAGAGGGCGAGGACAAUCUCGUCAACGAGGAUGAACUCGCCGAGUCCGUCGAGGACGAGCGAACCUUUGCCCUGGUCGAGGGCAUGAUGUUCCAGAAGCGCGGCAAGUCCCCCUGCAUCUUCUCAUGGCUCGAUCCGACCGACGAAAGCGGGCGCUCCGGGUAUGAGUUCUCGACCGACAUCAACACGUCGUCGACCCUGCUGGAGACCUUCGAGUCGGCCGUCUACAACUGCAUCUACGAGGCCGGGCACCAGACCGACUAUUUGCAGGUUGACUCGGAGCUGCUCCACACCUAUGCCGAGAACCUCAAGGCGCAGGCCAUCAGCACGGGCCCGCUUACUCCGUCCAAGGCCCGUCAGCCCUAUCGCGAGGGGACGCCUUCGCGGUCGUCAAAGUCAGACACCUCGUCGGUCAAGGCAGAGCCCAAGGUUCCUCCGCCCAAACCCACGGCCACCAAGCAAACCCAGUCUCUGCUCCACAGCGUCCCUCAGGGCGAAUCGGUCCUCAGCACCAAUGCGUCACUCCAUGUCUACGACGGCCGAAUCAGCCAGUUCCGAGAAAUGCUUGCCUCCGCUCACAUCCAGAUCAUCCAGCCCGAGCGCUUCCAAUACCACCUCCUUAUCUCCGAGAACGACAGCCCGCUGAUCAGCCAGGUCAUUGACGAGAGAAUGAACCUCACCUUCCGCCCCGAGGAGAACACCUUUAUUUGGGCCUGGUACGAUCCCGUCAGCCUGCAGCCCGUCUACUCCUUCCAGAUUACCUUUGCCGCGCCCGAACACUUUGAAGAAUUCUACCAGCUCGUCGUCACCGCCUGCUACGAGAGCAAGCACAGAGCACCCCUGAGCACCACGGACCAAAGCUAUCUGAUGCACGCCUAUACCGACAAUUCGCUGGAGGAGGAGCAGGAAGAGGAGGGUUUGUCGCCAGAGGAAUGCGAACCCGAAUUCCUGGGCGAACCCGAGCCUUCGGAGCUGGAUGAACAACUCGAGCGACUCAACCUCAGCCGUGCGUCGGCCCAGCCCGAGACACCGAGACGGCUGGUGAGCCAUAGCUACGAGCCCAGCGAGGCUUCCGAUGAGGACGACGAGGAAACCGAAGACGGUGACGACGACGACGAGGAGGACACUGAGGAGGGUGCGGCAAAGUCCUUGCGGAGCGGGAAGGAGCACCACUCAUAUCGCGGCCUCGCCAAACCCGAGGAUACCAACAGCUCCCUGGUCGUUGGAUACAGCAGCAACCAAUCGUAUGUCGUCCGUGGAGACAAGCUCGGCGUCUUUGGAUAUACGGACGACGACCAGCUGCAGCACAAAACCACCAUCAACAACAUCCGCACCCUCGGCAAUGAACACUUCACCCCGGCCAAGGCCGUUCUGCACGAGCAAGACUCGUCGCUGCUGCUCAUGAAAGAAAACGAGUCCUCGACCGUCUAUCGGAUGGACCUGGAGCGCGGCAAGGUUGUGGAGGAAUGGAAGGUGGACGAAUACAUGCCCGUGCUCAACAUCCUGCCCGUCAGCAAGUACGCGCAGAUGACCCCCGAAAAGACGCUGCUGGGCCACAACAGCAAAGCCAUCUUCCGCAUUGACCCGCGACUGUCUGGCAACAAGCGCGUCGACACCGAGACCAAGCAGUACGACAGCAAGACGGGCUUCACCUGCGGUGCCACCAACAACCUCGGGGCCCUCGCCAUGGCCAGCACCAACGGCGAUAUCCGCCUGUACAACAAGCUCUCGACCCGGGCCAAGACGCUGUUCCCCGGCAUCGGCGAUCCCAUCAUCGGCAUCGACGUUAGCGAUGAUGGCCGGUACGUCGUCGCGACCUGCAAGUCGUAUCUGUUGGUGCUCGACACCCAGCUCAAGACAAACACAAGCUCCAUCGGCUUCAACAAGCCCAUGGGCGUCAACGACCGCAACCCGCCGAAGCGUCUCCAGCUCAAGCUUGAGCAUAUGGCCCUGAUUGGAGCCCCAAACUUCACCCCCGCAAAGUUCAACUGCGGCGACGGCGAGGAGCGCUUCAUCGUCACAUCGACAGGCCCCUAUGUCGUCACCUGGAACUUCCGCCGAGUCAAGCAGGGCAAGCUCUACGACUACGGUAUCAAGCUCUACUCGGAAAGCGUUGUCUCGGACAACUUCCAGUACGGAAAUGACCGCUCCAUCAUCGUCACCCUUCCGACAAACGUCGAGAUGACCCAGAAGAAGGCCCUGUCGACACCCGCAAAGCUCUUCAAUGGCAGGGACAGCGUUGGCGUCUCGCACCUGUGCUAGCGCUGUCCCGGGCUGCCUCAGGACGAGGCUCUCUUGUCUCGUCGCAGGACCGAUCUAUGCUUGUGCGCUUUUGCGCCUCUGUCCCUGCCCGGACACAGCCAUACCGGGAUGCCAAUGUGAUGCUGCUGCACCAGCUGAUGGUGCGGGUCAAGGACGCAUGGGCUGCAGCGCGGGGCGAGGCCGAUUGCUUCGUGGAGAGUGUCGCUCGGCAAGUGGAUAUGCUGUUUUGUGGAGGGGCGACUGCACCAACAUUUGAAUGCGCUAUAUGGCUCACUUGAUUCCGCGAAACGGGACGCGACUUGCAUACCGAUCGCGCCCUGUGCGGCAUCCAUGUGCCCAGUGAGUGAAAGAUGUGCAAUACAGAGUCGCUAUGUGCUCA